GAUCUCUUGAGCUCAGGAGUUUGAGACCAGCCUGAGCAAAAUGAUGAAACCCCAGCUCUACAAAAAAAAAAAAAAAAAUUACAAAAAUUAUCCUGGCGUGGUGGCACACACCUGUAGUCCCAGCUGCUUGCUGCUGCCUCACCCCUAGGAAACAAAACAGCAACAUCUUCAGAAAGGCUGCUCACAAGGAAGGCAGCUUCUCUAUGCUAUCAAACAGCUUCCUUAGUUGAAGCAUCUAACUCUGGCCCUAUCCUUACUGCCCCCCGUCGGGGCUUCCAGAAGCAGUGUGGGAAAGUGCUGCUGGCCUUCUGCAGAAUGACGAGCACUGGUCAGUCCUGCGCUAAUAAAGGCUGCGCGUCCCUCAUGUCUUCGUUUCUCAAACAGCAGGUAACAACUCAUCUUUCCGAAGAGAUAGCUAUGCUCGACCGAUUUUUCAGGGCUCUUCUGGACAGCAGCCUCUGUCUGCAGCACAGAGAAGGGCCUGGCAUCGGGGGGCCCUGGAGCCCACCAUGUGCCUCCUGCUCCAUCUUGGGAGCAGCUGGGCCUGUCAGCACUCAGUCAAGCCUGGGAUUGGUGACUAAAGAGGGAGGUGUGGAAGCUUGAGGCAGCAGUGCUGAAAGAGGUGGCAGCAGGUGCCCUACAUGGGCACUGGGGCCCGGAGAGAUCACAGAGGCAGGAAGUGUCUCCAGCUCUCAAAUUCUGGAAGCUGUCAGAGGGAGGGAGUCCCACAGCCAAGCUGCAUGAGGGUGGGCCUCUGGGUCUGCUUCCAGUGUGUGGUGGGGCCCACAGGGAGCCGAGAGGGAGUUUUCCUGUCUGAUUUCCCGCAGUUGGCCUGCCUGUGGCUGGCCAAGGCAUUGUUGAGCCCCAUGAGAUCACAGAGAUAGCUAUGCAGGCCCCGCCCACUUCCUAUAACCCUAGUUCUGGCUGUCGCUGUGCCAAGUCUCCAAGUGCCCUGAGAGCCAUUGGCCAGGGGUCGGAGUGCUGUGGGAGCUCAGGGCAGGCACCUCCCAUGCUCCCACUGGAGCCACUAGGACAUAAAGCUCAUAGGCCUCUCCACUCCUUCGUGUCCUGUUUGACCUGAAUGCCCCCAGGCUGACUGCCUCAAGGAUUCCAUCUAAGAAGAUGCUGCCUGGGUGUGUGGGGAGCAGUAGAGGGGCUGGUGUUAAACAUAUGUGCACAGCUCAGGACAGAGGCUCCCUGGACUUGGGGCGGGGGGUGCUGGGGUCCCAACACUAACCCUCAUUCUGCCCCUCGUGACUUCUGCUCUCUGAACCAAACAUGGAAGACUCAGUCUAGACUAGGAGUUCUUAGGGUCUAGGAGCCCCCUUAAGUGAUUGAUAGGUUUAUAUGCAAAGGCCAUUUUUCUGAGAGGCCAUAGCCUUCUUUCAUCAGUGUGUCAAAAAUCAUGAGAAUCUCUGCUCUGAAAGCCUCUGCCCCAGCGCUGCCUAGUGUGAGCCCCCGAUGGCCUGACAUUGGCUUUUAGAGCAGGCAGAGAAGUCACCCACCAGUCCUCAGAAUCCUGGAUGAAGGCCUUUUCUCCAGGAGGAACUGUUGAAAGGUUUUCUCUGGUGCCUGGAAGCAGGAGUGACUAUUCUGUUAGGCAGGAAACCCUGAGGGCACCUAGGAGGCCUCUAGCCUGUGGGUCGGGGAGGAAAUAUAGGAUCCCUGGUGCCACUCAAAUGCUGAAGAUCUCAGAGACCCAAGUUCUGGUCCCUUCUGCUGUUCUGGGCAGAUCCCCUCAGGCUUCCCACAGGCGCUGUGUCUGGCUCAGUCCACCUGACUCCGCUUUCCCAUCUUAGGUCUCACACAGGUGGGCAGGCCCUUUCCUGCUUGCCUUCUGCCCUCCCACUCUCUCUGGCCCUGCCCAGCCUCUGCCAGUCUGUGUGCCUCCCAGGAGCCGGGAUACUCCCUGAGUCCUCUGGGAGCCCCUAAGCCACACUGAGAACCCAGACCCUGGGAGGAGCAGCCAGCAGUGAGGAAUCCUGGAAUCCCUUCCCAGGGAGAGCCUUCCCAUGACUUCCAGGAAGAGAUCAGUGCAAACACAGGUGUCAGCGUCCCUGCUGGAGUACUGGGAUGAGGAGUCCCUGACGGAAUACUCCGACCUCGAAGAGGCUCCCUCGGCACACACUCUCUAUGUGGGCCAUCUGAACCCCCAGUUCUCAGUGCCGGUGCUCGCCUGCCUGCUGCGAGAUGCCCUGGAGCGGCUGGAGCUGCCGGUGGCACGGGAGCACAUCGAGGUGGUAAGGCGGCCGCGGAAGGCCUAUGCACUGGUGCAGGUGACCAUCCGCAGGGACACCCUGGCCUCCCUCCCCUGGCGCCUGCGGACAGCCCUGGAGGAGCACCUAAUCCUCAAGGAGCUGGCAGCCCGUGGAAAGGAGCUGCUAUUGAGUGAGGCUCAAGGGCCCUUCAGCCACAGAGACGAGGCACAGAAGGAAGAGGAAGACAGUGUCCUGAACCCUGGCGCCAGCCAUAACCCGGGCUCUGGUGUUCCGCUGCCCGCCUGGCCUACACACAAGCUGCCUGAUAGGCCCCAGGCCUGGCAGCAUCAGACAUGCCAGACCCGGCCCAGUGGCGUGUGCUCCGAUAGUGCCAUUGUGCACCAGGAGAUCAUGGGCAAGGAGCAGCUCUUCCAGGGUGCUUUCCUGGGCAGUGAGACCCGCAACAUGGAGUUCAAGCGGGGCAGCGGCGAGUACCUAAGCCUGGCCUUCAAGCACCAUGUGCGGCGCUACGUGUGCGCCUUCCUCAACAGCGAGGGUGGCAGCCUGCUUGUGGGAGUAGAGGACAGUGGCCUGGUGCAGGGCAUCCGCUGUGGCCACCGUGAUGAGGACCGCACGCGGCUGCUGGUGGACUCCAUCCUACAGGGCUUCAAGCCCCAGGUCUUUCCCGACGCCUACACCCUCACCUUCAUCCCUGUGAUCAGUACCUCGGAGACCAGCGUCCCCCUCAAGGUGAUCCGCCUGACCGUGCACACCCCCAAGGCCCAGAGCGAGCCGCAGCUCUACCAGACCGACCAGGGGGAGGUGUUUCUGCGGCGUGACGGGAGCAUCCAGGGCCCACUGUCUGUCAGCGCCAUCCAGGAGUGGUGCAGGCAGAGGUGGCUGGUGGAGCUGGGCAAGCUGGAGGAGAAGGUGAAGGCGCUGACGAUGGAGAAAGAGCAGCUUCAGGAGCAGCUGCAGCAACGCGGGCCGGUGUCUUGCACCUGCUGUGUCCUGUGAGGGCCUGGGGAGUCGCAGGACGGCGCGGAGCUCUCCACCCAAGAUGCAGGGGUUUCCCAUUUGAGCCUAAGGCCGACCAAUAAAGCCCAUGCAGGCCACUGAGAUGUGGACAGGGGCUUCUUCAACAUGGCACAUGAGCAGGUGCCCAUGUGGCUUCAACCCUGACGGACCCGUCUGUGUAGCUAAGAAAUUGCUCUCAGCCCUGUCCCCAAGCAACCUUACUUUCAGAAAGAAGGUGUUCCCCUAAGGCUGAGCUAUAAGAGUUCCAGAGCUCCCCUAGGGCUGAGCUGUAAGAGAUUGUUCCUCUCCCUAAAACACUCAUUUGGCCCAGGUUGAGGUCUGUGACUUCAGUUGGCUAGACAGUGCCAGAGAGGAAUCGGUCAUCUCAGGAAAGCCCCUCGCAAAUGGCAUGGCAUAUUUGGUGACUGUGGUUACAGGGCAAGAGGCCACCAUGCAGCCCCCACCCCUGAUUUGCCAGAACUUGUGACUGUCAAAGCUCCAUAAUAAAUUACAUGUACCUGGGACAAGAAUGGUUCUUUCUAGGAAACUUGGUCAGCCGGUCAGAUGCUGCAGGGUCGUGAGUCCCAUGCCCAGCCCACCUCUGUCCAGGAGGCAGAGGACAGACAUGUGAGGGCAGGAAGCCUAGCCCCUCAGGCUCCAGGCCAGCUCUGUCUUAAAGACCAGGUGCCGUGGGGCAAAGUGCUGUGCCUCUGUGCUUCAGUUCUUCAUCUAUAAGACAGUGACAAUGGCAAGGGGCAGCGGCAUUUUGUCACCAUCAGGCCAAUGCCCUGUGUCUAUGCCAGCUGUGGCACAGAGCAACACCUCACACUAACGGUUUCAGCUCCUUUCCAAGACCCCUCUGGCCCAGUAAGGCCAUUAGCUUAAAAAAAACAAACAAAAAAAAAACAGAAAGACCCCUCCGGCCACUGGAGGCUUCCUGCCUCUGGCCGUUUCUCCUGCUGUCUCCACCAGCCAAAUCAGACUGUAAAGCCAGAGUCUGAUCACAUUCAUGCCGUGCCUGCGCCCACAGACCUCCAAAUUCUCUUCAAGAGCAAAGCCCAAAUGAUGGCCUACAAUCAAUUCUCCACGACCUAGCCCACCUGACCUCAAUGUCUUCUGCCCCUGCACAUGCCACUUCAGCCACACCUACCACGUGCACUCCUGCCUCAAGGCCUCUGCACUAGAAAGCUGCCUGUUUCCUUUCCUCUCCACCUCCAAGUCCAUGCUGUUUUCCCACCCGCCCUAUUUUAAAGCCACCACCCUCCCAGCACUGCCACUCCCCUGCUUGCUGCCAUCCUUUUUCUCCAUAUAUGAACUGCCACACUCUAGCUUAUAUUUGGUGUUCCCCCCACUGAAUACCUGCUCUGGGGCACAGGGAAGUUUGGGCAUGGCUGGCAUGUAGUAGACACCCAACAAAUACCUGCUGAUGACACAAUUAAGAAUACUCCUAAAUUUGGAGUCUGAGCCACCAGAAAAUCGCCAGACCUUGUUGAACAGGGCAUUUCACAGGACUGGUGUCCCCUGGAACACACUUCAGUUGAUCCCCUAAAACUGCGGCCCCUGGUCACAUCCACAGAGCACACAGACGAGAACUUUGGAACCUCAGCCCCUCCAUUCAGCAGCCAAAUGACAUCUCCUGGGCCCUCACAACUGCUCUGAGACCUGCUUUUUACCACUUAGCAAACAGCAUGCAGCCCUUGCCUCGGCUGCCAUCCAUGCUGGUUAUGGGGGCCAAUGGGAUGGUGGGUGCCUGCAUCAUGGCAGGUUAGCAAACUCCUGCUACUCACCCACUGAGCUACCCCAAGGUCACCAAGGCUGCUCAAAAACUUUGCAAAUGUGUUAAGAAGGUAGAGGAGUGACAUUUUCUGAGCACCUUCCAUGGUCCAGGUACCAUGCUAAAUGCUAGUCCAGGCAUCACAAUUCUCAGAAAUGUUUUCUGGGGAAAAACAGCAGAUUUCUAUGAAGGAAGGGUGAAGUCAGGCUUACAGCCCCACCGCUCCAGACUGCUAAGAACCUGCCCAGAUCCCCCGGACUAAGGGAAGUUUAUGGGAAGGCCACAGGAGGAAUGUGGCCAGCUUUCUACCCCACCUCUGGGCCCUGGUCAAUAAACACUGGGCACAGGGUGCCCUGUAAAUCCAGCUUCAGCCCUAUCCUAUCUGCUAUAGCCAGGGUGGCAGGACAGCUUGGGCUCUGCCAGCCCUGGAGACCAUUUGCAAUCUUUUUUCAGAAACCUUACAUAUGUGGCCAGCACUUGACAGAUGAUCAGCCAAAGUGACCUUAAAGGUAAGAGCAGGAACAUGACUACUGGGAGGCUUUUUCACACCACCCACACAUCCAACCAUUGUGGGGAGCCAUGAUGUCACCAAUGGGCAUGUCAGACCCUCAGUCUGGGGAAUGUUUAA